UAUUGUAAAUGAACAUGAAUUAAAUAACAAUAAUAAUAAUUUUUAUAUUGAACAUGAAAUAUCAACAAUGGAUGCACAUACAGCAGCUAUUAAAUUAUUAAUAAAUAAUAAUAAUAAUUAUGAUUAUCAACAACAAUCAAAUGUAGCUGCUGGUGUUGGAUGUUUAAAAUGUACAGAACAAGAAAUACGAUAUUGUUUAGGACCAUCAUUAAUUAAUGAUCAUUGUUGUUGUGAUCGUAGAUUUAUCGAAAUGUUUUCAUAUAUACCACAUACAUGUUAUAUUGGUUCAACAAAUAAUUUAUGUUCAACAAUAGCACGUGAUUGCGGUGAAUAUGCAAGAUUACGUGCUUGUUGUUGUUUAAAAUAUACAACAAUUAAAUAUAAAGCAUUAUUCUCCAGUAGCAACAAUAUUAACAACAAUAACAACAAUUCACAUAUAUUGUUAUUAAUGAUAUUCAUAAUUAAUGUGUUAUUAUAUUAAAUAAACAAAUAUUGUAUUUAAAUAUCAUAAAUAAAAUUUUAUUAUACAAUGU